AUGGUCAUAAAUUUCAUUAAGAAUGCACCUGUCGGUGAAAACUAUCGAGAUCAUGCUACAGCUGCAUACUUAAUAAAAGUCAAUCCCAAUGCACCUGCACAAGCUCUGUCAGAUAUUAAUUUACAAACUCACUUUUAUUACACACAACGUGAGGUUGGUCAUAUGGGAAUGUGCAACGUUCAAGCGUUCAUAAACACAAAAGACCCUAAAGCAAUUUAUCCAGAAAUCCAAUAUUGGAGUUAUCGAUUUACAAAGAAUCAAGUGGAGUUUGGUAAAAUAUUAUCAAAUUAUGGUUUCAAAGAUGAAUUCAUGAGUGAAAUUCAAUCAAUAAAUCAAGAUUUUGAGAUUCUUUACAUUGUGUCUGCAUUAUUGAAUACGAAAUCUCGUGGAAAAAUUGAAUUGAGAGGUGCUGACCCGACACUUAAACCAAAAAUUACUUCAGGUUUCCCAACAAAUUCGGAUGGUGUUGCAACAUCAAUUCGUGAACGUCAGCAAUGCAAAACACUUCUACUGAAUUUGUUCGUUUCAACCUUCCAGAGUACAACGUUCAUGAAUUCUUGUCUGAUGACUACGGAAAUUUUGUGGCAUCCAAGUGGAAUUGUCAAGAUGGGAAAUGCGUCUGAUGCAGGAGCGGUUGUUGAUGAAAAAUUAGGGGCCAGGAGAUUGAAAAAUCUGAGAGUUGCUGAUGGCAGCAUGAUGCCCACAGUUCCGUCAAGUAACACUUAUUGUCCAAUCCAUGCGAUAGAAGCUAAAGCUGCAGCAAUGAUAACAAAAGAAUGA